UCCCAUUUCGGGCAAAUCCAAAAAUCUUAGAUGUAAAUGGCUGCCUGUUUUGACAACUGUUCGGGGAAUCGUUCGUGAGAGAGUCCUUUGAAAUACAAAAAAAAAGAAGAAGAAAAAUUCGGUUAGAAAAAAAAGAAGUUGGUGAAAAAAAGAAAGAAAAAGUUUAUUUAUCUCAAAACGGGUGUAGCCAAAAGUUUUCAUUUAAACUCGCGAUACAUUUUUCCUCAAAGUUCAAUAUCUAAAUAGUGCAUUGAAAAACAAGUUAAAAUACAAAACUUCUUCUUAUUUCGUUUACAAAAUUAUAGUUUGGUCUCUUUUCAUUCAAUUUCGCAAUGCAAAAAUGAUUCGUCGAAGCAAACAAACAAACUAAUUAAAAUGUUAAAUAGUGUGUAAAUAAAAUAAAAUAUUAUUAAUGUAGGUAUAGUAUUAUCUGUGUUAAAUAAAUCUUAACAAAAUAUUAAUUUAAAUUAUUACAAAAAUAAAAAAAUUAAAAUGUUGUUAUAGUGUUAAAUAAAAAAAAAAUUGUAAAAAAUAAAUAAUAAUUUUAAAAUUAUUAUAAUUAGAAAAUGUCGGAUUGAAUUCAAAAUGGCCACGUUAAGCUAAUAGCGGUGCGAGUGCGUGACGUACGAGAACGUGUUAAAAGGGCGCGGACGAGGACAAGGACAAGGACGAGAACGAGAACCAAAACGAAACGACGACGGCGACGAAGACGACGACGAAGGGGGGAUUCGAAAUACGAGUAAAAUAUCGGGUUUCGACGAAGGACGACUUAGAAAGCGUAGUUUAGAAAUUCAAAAAAAGAAAAUUUCAAAAAAAUCGUGUCCAAAUUUAAAUGUGCUAUUUCUUGUGUCCAUACAAAUCAUCUCUUUGUCCAUAUAAAUGAGUCUUCUUCUGUCCAUAUAAAUGCAUAACGCACCAAGAAAUGGAUCCAAAUAAAUUCUAUUGUCGCAGCAAUAAUAUUAACAUCAAUAAUAGCAGCAGCAGCAACAACAACAACAAUUGCAACAACAAUGGCUCACAAACAUCAUCAAUAGCUUCUUCCUCGUCGUCGGUAUCAUCGUCUGCGGCGGCAGCAAUAGCUGCUGCAGCUGCAACUGCGGCUGCAGCAACAGCCGCCUCAUCUAAUAUCGGCCAAGAUAUUGUACCGAAGGGCAAAUCCCAGCAAUUGAAUCGGGGGACCAAUACAGGAAAUUACAUAAAUGUUCUGCCUGUUCCCAUUGGAGUGCAGUACCAUCGGAGGAAAUUAACGCCCCAGGAAUAUCAGUCACGUCUGUAUUACAAUGGCACAGACUAUCGAUGUCGGGAGGAUUAUUAUAACCUUGCAGCAACGAGUGGUCGGUUAAGUACGACAUCUCCAUCGCCUUCAUUGCAACAGCAACAACAACAGCAGCAACAGCAACAACAGCCACAACAAAGUCAUCAACAGCAACAACAUCAACUUCAACAACACCAACAACAACCACAACAACAACAACAGCAACAACAACAACAACAACAACAGCAACAUCACCACCAACAUCAUCAUGUCCACCAACAGCACCACCAUCAACAGCAGCAACAUCAACAACAACAACAACAACAGCAGCAACAUCAACAACAACAACAGCAACAACAUCUGCAUCAGCAACAUUGCACGGAUAUUGUUGAUGAGGUGUUGAACAGUAGUCGGGUUGUUGCCACUCAAACCAGUAACGGUAAUUGUGAACAAAUAGUGUCGACAGGUUUUGGUAGUAGCACAAGUGGUGUGGGUGGUGGGGGCGGUAGUGCAUCAUCGCUGCCCCCACCGCCAGUGUUGUACACGGUGCAUAGGGUAGUGACAACGGCUCAAAUACAAACGGCCGGUGGUAAUACGUUUGCCUCGUCAUCGAGCGUGUCGAGUGUUGUUAGUGCGGUGCGGGGGGGUGAAGCGGCCGAAUGCUUAACGGCCGCAGUCAGUGGGGCCAGUGGUGUAGGAGGAGUUGGUGGAACAUCAGCAGCAGCAGCAACAGCAGUAGCAAUUGCCUCAGCGGGAGGACUCAGAAGUUCACCUGGUGAGUUAACAUAAUAAUUUAUUGAUUAUGCUGUUUUUCCUUUAGCCUUAUGUACAAUUUUAUG